AACACUUGAAGAGUGAGCCAAAACGAGAACGUAAAGUAUUCUGGCAACACUGAUCCGUAGCGUAGAAAAAAAUGGCGCGCGGUUGAUUUGUCAUAAGAAACGAAAAUGAACAAUAAAGUGUUGGUGUUGGAUAACGGCGCUUUUACGGAGAAAGUGGGAUAUGCCUCUCAAACGGAUCCCAGAAUUAUUCCAAACUGCAUUACAAAAGCAAAAAGUGAACGCCAACGUUCUUUCACUGGAGAUCAGAUUGAUGACUGCAAAGAUGUGUCUGGAUUAUUUUAUAUUCUUCCAUUUCAAAAGGGUUAUUUGGUGAAUUGGGAUGUUGAAAAACAAGUUUGGGAUUAUACAUUUGGAAGAGAUGUAUUUAAAGUUGAAUUUUCUGAAACGUGCUUAAUUGUCACUGAACCUUACUUUAAUUUCACAUCAAUUCAAGAAAAUAUGACUGAAAUAUUAUUUGAAGAAUAUCAAUUUAAUUCAAUUUUAAGAAUAAAUGCGGGAACACUCAGUGCGCAUAAAUAUCAUAAAGAAAACCCUGAUGAACUUUGCUGUUUAGUUAUAGAUUCUGGAUUCUCAUUUACACAUAUAGUUCCAUAUAUUAAAGGAAAAAAAUUAAAGAAUGCAAUUCGAAGAAUUAAUGUUGGAGGAAAAGUAUUAACUAAUCAUUUGAAAGACAUCAUAUCCUAUAGACAACUGCAUGUCAUGGAUGAAACAUAUGUAAUGAAUCAAGUAAAGGAAGAUGUUUGUUACAUUUCUAGUGAUUUUUGGAAAGAUAUGGAAUUAGCUAAGAAGAAGCAGAAUAACCCGAUAGUCAGAGAUUACGUACUUCCCGAUUAUACCGUUAUUAAAAGAGGUUACGUACGAUCUCCCGAAGAGAGCAGCAAAUCCAAAGAAAUGGAACAGAUCAUUCGAAUGAAUAACGAACGUUUCAUGGUGCCCGAAAUCCUCUUCCACCCCUCCGACGUGGGCAUCAAGGAAAUGGGUAUCAGCGAAGCCGUAGUCAACUCCAUAGAAGCCAUGCCCGAAGAGAUGCGCCCCCACUUGUACAACAACGUGGUUCUGACCGGAGGGAACUGCUGCUUUCCCGGAUUCCGAGACCGAGUAUUCGACGACGUCCGUUCGCUGGCGCCCGAUCUCUACCCCGUCCGAGUCUCUCUUCCCGACAACCCAGUGACCAACUCGUGGAGGGGAGGAUGCGUCCUGUCGGAAGAUGCCGAGUUUUCCAAGUUGAUCGUCUCCAAGAAGCAGUACGAAGAGAACGGCGUCUCCUUCUGUCUGGAGAAGUUCAACGUGUGAUUUUAAUAAAGCGCGUGGGUGAAACACUGGAAGUAGUCUUCUUUCUUUCGUCCGCGAGGGCCAAUGGCGCCGGGCGGGAUGGCGGAAGCGGGAGCGGCCCUCUGGCCGGAGACCCGCGGCGGCGCGGUGGUUCCGGCACAAGGCUUCCGCCAUGAAGACGGAGGAUCGUCUGAGUCGAGCGGUGGAGGUGAUGGUGCGACACGUGGAGAACCUCAGGAGACUGCGCGAGAGGGAACGAGGAGAACUGGAGGAGACGCGCCGUCUGUUGUUGGAGACGCGGCUGCUAUCGGGAGGAAAG